CUGCUGCUGCCGCCGCACACUGCAGGACAAACCGCUCUUUCUCUGCCUCCCUCCACCUCCUCCUUUCUCCGUCUGCUCCACCUUUUCAUCGAGCGGGGUCUGAGUGUGCAUUUGAACGGAGGAUGGGUGGAACUGAGGGGAAGGCGUGAUCCCCGGAGACUCUGACAGAUGGAUGAAUGGAGGGAAAACAGAAGCGUGAUGCCGCCGCCGUGCGUCUGCUGAGCCAGCGAUUGUUGGCUCCACGCUGGUGAAACGGAGACAGACUCCUCUCAGCUCGACUGAGGAGCAGGGAGUGUUCCCCUCGGUGUCGGAGCUAAAACUGGGAUUACUUCUUUAAACUCACUUCACGUUCUUGUGCUAAGGACUGUUAAGGAGUCGGUGGUCACCUGGAAGCUCCUCCUGCUGCAGAGAAGUCGAGGCUCUGAAGUUUGUUGCCUUGGACCUCGAGCUCAUCCUGGGGGGAGAUAACCUCUGCGGGCUUGUGUGACUCACUUAUAAACUUUCUGCUCCAUGUGGACUAGCUCCGUCGGAGUCUUCUGUGGAGUUUGAUCAUGGAGCUUCAGAGCGCCACGGCCGGCCUCCCCGGCCCCCUUGCGCCCGGACCCCUCUCCCCGACUUCGGACUACGGCGGCCCCCUGUCCCCGGGGUCCGGAGGUCCCGGCCCGUCUCACGUCGCCAGCCCUGGGCGAGGCCCGAGCCCCAGCCUCAGCCCCGUCAGGGGGUCCAGCCCCGGCCCCGGAUUCUCAGGCCAGGCUGCCUUCAACUACAACCAGCUGGAGGGGAGGUUCAAACAGCUUCAAGAUGAGCGUGAGGCGGUGCAGAAGAAGACCUUCACUAAGUGGGUGAACUCCCACCUGUCCAGAGUUUCCUGUCGGAUCACCGACCUCUACAUGGACCUGAGGGACGGACGCAUGCUCAUCAAGCUGCUGGAGGUCCUGUCGGGAGAGAGACUGCCGAAACCCACGAAGGGUCGUAUGAGGAUCCACUGCCUGGAAAAUGUGGACAAGGCUCUGCAGUUCCUGAAGGAGCAGAGGGUUCACCUGGAGAACAUGGGCUCCCACGACAUCGUCGACGGAAACCAUCGCCUCACUUUAGGCCUCAUCUGGACCAUCAUCCUCCGCUUCCAGAUCCAGGACAUCAGCGUGGAGACGGAGGACAACAAGGAGAAGAAGUCGGCCAAAGACGCUCUGCUGCUCUGGUGUCAGAUGAAGACGGCGGGAUAUCCUAAUGUCAACAUCCACAACUUCACCACCAGCUGGAGGGACGGGAUGGCCUUCAAUGCCCUCAUCCACAAACACAGACCCGACUUGAUCGACUUCGAUAAGCUGAAGAAAUCAAACGCUCACUACAACCUGCAGAAUGCCUUCAACCUGGCCGAGCAGCACCUGGGCCUCACCAAGCUGCUGGACCCCGAGGACAUCAGUGUGGACCACCCUGAUGAGAAGUCCAUCAUCACCUACGUGGUCACCUACUACCACUACUUCUCCAAAAUGAAGGCGCUGAAGGUGGAGGGCAAGAGAAUUGGGAAGGUUCUGGACAAUGCCAUCGAGACGGAGAAGAUGAUCGAGAAGUACGAGUCUCUGGCGUCUGACCUGCUGGAGUGGAUCGAACAGACCAUCAUCAUCCUCAACAACAGGAAGUUCGCCAACUCUCUGGUGGGAGUCCAGCAGCAGCUGCAGGCCUUCAACACCUACCGCACCGUGGAGAAGCCCCCAAAGUUCACAGAGAAGGGAAACCUGGAGGUCCUUCUGUUCACCAUCCAGAGCAAGAUGAGGGCGAAUAACCAGAAGGUUUACACCCCCCGAGAAGGCAAACUCAUCUCCGACAUCAACAAGGCGUGGGAGCGUCUGGAGAAGGCGGAGCACGAACGGGAGCUGGCUCUGAGGACGGAGCUGAUUCGUCAGGAGAAACUGGAGCAACUCGCCCGACGCUUCGACCGCAAAGCCGCCAUGAGGGAGACGUGGCUGAGCGAGAACCAGAGGCUGGUCUCACAGGAUAACUUUGGAUUUGACCUUCAGGCCGUGGAAGCUGCUACUAAGAAACACGAAGCCAUAGAAACGGACAUCGCUGCGUACGAGGAGCGAGUUCAGGCAGUGGUUGCCGUGGCAAAAGAGCUGGAGGCAGAGAGUUACCAUGACAUCAAACGCAUCACAGCCAGGAAGGACAACGUGAUCCGGCUGUGGGAGUAUCUGCUGGAGCUGCUGAAGGCCCGCAGGCAGCGGCUGGAGAUGAACCUGGGCCUGCAGAGAGUCUUCCAGGAGAUGCUCUACAUCAUGGACUGGAUGGACGAGAUGAAGAUGCUGCUGCUGUCUCAGGAUUACGGGAAGCACCUGCUGGGCGUGGAGGACCUGCUGCAGAAGCACGCCCUGGUGGAGUCGGACAUCAGCAUCCAGGCCGACCGAGUCCGAAACGUCAACAGCAACGCUCAGAAGUUUGCCAGUGACACCGAAGAUUAUAAGCCGUGUGACCCUCAGAUCAUCAAGGACCGAGUUGCUCACCUCGAGUUCUGCUACCAGGAGCUGAACCAGCUGGCAGCUGAGCGGCGAGCGCGCCUCGAGGAGUCCCGCCGCCUCUGGAAGUUCUUCUGGGAAAUGGCUGAAGAGGAGGGGUGGAUCAGGGAAAAGGAGCAGAUCCUCUCCUCCGAGGAUUAUGGGAAGGACCUCACGGGCUCGCUGCGACUGCUGAGCCAGCACAAAGCCUUCGAAGACGAGAUGAGCGGGCGAGCCGCCCACCUGCAGCAGACCAUCAAACAGGGUGAGGAGCUGGUGGCCGACAACCACUUUGGAGCCGACAAGAUAAAAGAGCGAAUUAAGGACAUCCAGGAGCAGUGGGCGGCUCUGGAGCAUCUCUCCGCCGUCCGUAAGGCCCGCCUGCAGGAGGCCUGCAAUCAGCACCAGUUCCAGGCUGAUGCGGACGACAUCGACACGUGGAUGCUGGACGUGCUGCGGAUCGUCUCCAGCGUCGAUGUCGGCCACGACGAGUUCUCCACUCAGGCUCUGGUGAAGAAGCACAAGGACGUGGCCGAGGAGAUCGGCAGCUACCGGCCUGUCAUCGACGCCCUGCACGAGCAGUCGCGGACGCUGCCGCCCGAGAAGGCCAACUCCGAGGAGGUUCAGAGCCGGCUGGCGGGCAUCGAGGAGCGCUACAAGGAGGUGGCCGAGCUGACGCGGCUCCGGAAGCAGGCGCUGCAGGACGCUCUGGCACUCUACAAGAUGAUGAGCGAAGCCGACGCCUGCGAGCUGUGGAUCGAUGAGAAGGAGCAGUGGCUCAACAGCAUGGACAUCCCCGAGAAACUGGAGGACCUGGAGGUCGUCCAGCACCGGUUCGAGAGUUUGGAGCCGGAGAUGAACAGCCAGGCGUCACGGGUUGCCGUGGUAAACCAGGUUGCCAGGCAGCUGAUUCACAGCGGACAUCCCAGCGAGAAGGAGAUCAAAGCCCAGCAGGACAAACUCAACACCAGGUGGAGUCAGUUCAGAGAUCUGGUGGAUCAGAAGAAGGAAAGCCUGAACUCUGCUCUGGGAGUCCAGAACUACCACCUGGAGUGCAACGAGACCAAGUCCUGGAUCAAAGAGAAGACCAAGGUGAUCGAGUCGACCCAGGAGCUGGGGAACGACCUGGCCGGCGUCAUGGCUCUGCAGAGGAAGCUGACUGGGAUGGAGCGCGACCUCGCGGCCAUCCAGGACAAGCUGAGCGACCUCGGGAAGGAGGCGGAGCGUUUGGGGUCCGAACACCCGGAACAGUCUGAGGCCAUCAAAGGGCGUCUGGCUGAGAUCACCGGCGUCUGGGACGAGAUGAAAGACACCAUGAAGAACCGGGAGGAGUCUCUGGGCGAAGCCAGCAAGCUGCAGCAGUUCCUGCGCGACCUGGACGACUUCCAGUCGUGGCUGUCGCGGACGCAGACGGUCAUCGCCUCCGAGGACAUGCCCAACACGUUGGCCGAGGCCGAGAAGCUGCUGGCCCAGCACGAGGGCAUCAAGAACGAGAUCCGCAACUACGAGGAGGACUACCAGAAGAUGCGGGAUAUGGGCGAGAUGGUGACGCAGGGCCAGACAGACGCGCAGUACAUGUUCCUGCGACAGCGGCUGCAGGCGCUCGAUACCGGCUGGAAUGAGCUGCACAAGAUGUGGGAGAACCGGCAGAACCUGCUGUCCCAGUCUCACGCUUACCAGCUGUUCCUCCGGGACACCAAGCAGGCCGAGGCCUUCCUCAACAACCAGGAGUACGUCCUGGCUCACACGGAGAUGCCCACCACCCUGGAAGGCGCCGAGGCUGCUAUCAAGAAGCAGGAGGACUUCAUGACCACCAUGGACGCCAACGAGGAGAAGAUCGGCGCCGUGGUCGACACCGGACGCCGCCUGGUUGCUGACGGCAACAUCAACGCCGAGCGCAUCCAGGAGAAGGUGGACUCCAUCGACCAGAGACACAAGAAGAACCGAGCGGCUGCCAGCGACCUGCUGACAAGGCUGAAGGACAACAGAGACCUGCAGAAGUUCCUGCAGGACUGUCAGGAGCUGUCCCUGUGGAUCAACGAGAAGAUGCUGACGGCUCAGGACAUGUCAUACGACGAGGCCAGGAACCUCCAUAGCAAGUGGCUGAAACACCAGGCCUUCAUGGCUGAACUGCAGUCCAACAAGGAGUGGCUGGACAAGAUCAACAAGGACGGGCAGACGCUGAUGGCAGAGAAACCAGACACGGAGGCCAUGGUGAAGGAGAAGCUGGCGUCCCUGCAGACGAUGUGGGACGAGCUGGAGUCCACCACGCAGACCAAAGCCAAGUGUCUGUUCGACGCCAACAAGGCCGAGCUGUUCACGCAGAGCUGCGCCGACCUCGACAAGUGGCUGGGCGGGCUGGAGGCGCAGCUGCAGUCGGACGACUACGGCAAAGACCUCACCUCGGUCAACAUCCUGCUCAAGAAGCAGCAGAUCCUGGAGAGCCAGGUGGAGGUGCGUCAGAAGGAGGUGGAGGAGCUGCAGAAACAGUCACAGGCCCUCAGCCAGGAGGGGAAAGGCUCCGAGGAGGUGGAUGGACAGAGAGUCACCGUGGAGAGGAAGUUCCAGACGCUCCAGGAGCCACUGAAGAAGAGGAGAGACCACCUCAUGGCCUCGCGGGAGAUCCACCAGUUCAACCGAGACGUGGAGGACGAGAUCCUGUGGGUGGAGGAGAGGAUGCCUCUGGCCACUUCAACCGACCACGGACACAACCUGCAGACGGUCCAGCUCCUGAUCAAGAAGAACCAGACCUUGCAGAAGGAGAUCCAGGGCCACCAGCCUCGCUAUGACGACAUCUUCGAGCGCAGCCAGCACGUCCUGCGCGAGGACAGCCCGACGACCGAGCUGAUCCGCCAGCGGCUCGCCGACCUCCAAUCGCUGUGGGAGCAAAUCAAGAAGGAGACUGAGAAGCGCCACACGCGCCUCAGCGAGGCCCACGAGGCGCAGCAGUACUACUUUGACGCCGCCGAGGCCGAGGCCUGGAUGAGCGAGCAGGAGCUGUACAUGAUGUCAGAGGAGAAGGCCAAGGACGAGCAGAGUUCGGUGGCCAUGCUGAAGAAGCAUCAGAUCCUGGAGCAGGCGGUGGAGGACUACGCCGACACCGUCCAUCAGCUGUCCAGCACCAGCCGGGGCCUGGUGGCUGCCGGGCACCCCGACAGCGAGCGCAUCGGCAUGCGUCAGUCUCAGGUGGACAAGCUGUACGCCGGCCUGAAGGAUCUGUCCGAGGAGCGCCGCGGGAAGCUGGACGAGCGUUUCCGCCUCUUCCAGCUCAACCGGGAGGUGGACGACCUCGAGCAGUGGAUCGCCGAGAGGGAGGUGGUGGCCGGAUCGCACGAGCUGGGACAGGACUAUGAGCACGUCACCAUGCUGCAGGAGCGUUUCAGAGAAUUCGCCCGCGACACGGGCAACAUCGGCCAGGAGCGCGUGGACGGCGUCAACAAGCUGGCGGAUGAGCUGAUCAACACCGGCCACGGCGACGCCGCCACCAUCGCGGAGUGGAAGGACGGCCUGAACGAGGCCUGGGCCGACCUGCUGGAGCUCAUCGACACACGGACGCAGAUCCUCGCCGCCUCCUACGAGCUCCACAAAUUCUACCACGACGCCAAGGAGAUCCUCAACCGCAUCCUGGACAAACACAAGAAGCUGCCGGAGGAGCUGGGCCGAGACCAGAACACGGUGGAGACCCUGCAGAGGAUGCACACCACCUUUGAACACGACAUUCAGGCGCUGGGAACGCAGGUGCGGCAGCUUCAGGAGGACGCCGUUCGCCUGCAGUCGGCGUACGCCGGAGACAAAGCCGACGACAUCCAGAAGCGAGAAGGAGAGGUGUUGGAGGCCUGGAAGAACCUGCUGGAGGCGGUGGAGGGCCGGCGGGCGAAGCUGGUCGACACCGGAGACAAGUUCCGCUUCUUGAGCAUGGUGCGCGACCUGAUGCUGUGGAUGGAAGACGUCAUCCGCCUCAUCGAGGCUCAGGAAAAGCCCAGGGACGUCUCGUCCGUGGAGCUGCUAAUGAACAACCACCAGGGCAUCAAGGCGGAGAUCGACGCCCGCAACGACAGCUUCACCGCCUGCAUCGAGCUGGGCAAAGCCCUGCUAGCCAGGAAGCACUACGCUUCAGAGGAGAUUAAAGAAAAGUUGCUUCAGUUGACGGACAAGAGGAAAGACAUGAUUGACAAGUGGGAGGACAGAUGGGAGUGGCUUAGACUGGUGCUGGAGGUGCACCAGUUUUCGCGGGACGCAGGCGUGGCCGAGGCGUGGCUGCUGGGACAGGAGCCCUACCUGUCCAGCAGGGAGAUGGGGCAGAGCGUGGACGAGGUGGAGAAACUCAUCAAACGCCACGAGGCCUUCGAGAAGUCGGCCGCCACCUGGGAGGAACGCUUCGCUGCGCUGGAGAGGCUGACCACGAUGGAGUUACUGGAAGUGAGAAGAAUGCAAGAGGAAGAAGAGAAGAAGAGACAACCUCCGCCCGCUGAGGCCCAGCCCGCCGACGCUGCAGCUCAAAGGGUGGGCGAGCCGGCGUCUCAGAACGGGCUGCCGUCCGACCAGGAGUCUCCCAGGGAGAACGUCGAAGGGGCCGACGUGGUGAAUGGGGUGUCGGAGCCCAGCCCCGCAGGGUCUCCGGGGGCGUCUCGCAAGGGCAAGCCCAGCCAAGCUGCCACCCUGCCGGCCAAAACCCAACCUGACGCCCCCAAGCCCCUGCUGGAGACCUUCCUGCACCGCAAACACGAGUGGGAGGGGCACAACAAGAAGGCUUCAAACAGGUCGUGGCACAAUGUGUACUGUGUGAUCAACCUCCAGGAGAUGGGUUUCUACAAGGAUCAGAAGAGCGCCAGUCAGGGCAUUCCCUACCACAGCGAGAUCCCCAUCAGCCUGAAGGACGCCGUCUGCGAGGUGGCGCUGGACUACAAGAAGAAGAAGCACGUCUUCAAGCUGAAGCUCACGGACGGCAAUGAGUAUCUCUUCCAAGCCAAAGAUGAUGAGGAGAUGAACACAUGGAUCUCGACCAUCACCGCCGCCGUGUCGGGCGAGAAGCCCGAGGUCACGCCCAGCAGCCACAGCACGCCCGCCCCCGCCGCACGCGCUCAGACGCUGCCGGCCUCCGUCGCAGCCACGGCGACUGCCGAGUCGAGCCCGGGCAAACGAGAGAAAGACAAGGAGAAACGCUUCAGUCUGUUCAGCAAGAAGAAAUAGACGCUGUUCUUCAGCCUCCCCUCCUCCGCCUCCUCCUCCUCCUUCCUGUGGUGCUGUUUGGGGUCGCUCCUCGUUAUCGAACGAACUUUGGUCAAAUGUUGUUGAAGAUGUCCGACUUUUCUGCUCAUAGCAACUGUCAUAACCCAGAGCCGAAUAGACGAAGCGCUCCAAAUGUAAUUACACUCGUGUAACCCAAAGCAUCGCCUCACAUCAUGUAAUUAGAGAAUAAGAGUUUUAACAUUUGCAGCAGUUGCUAUGUCAGAUCGCAUCCCAAACAGCCUCUCCUUCUCUUCUUUCUUCCUCCUCCUCCUCCUCGUCCUCUCCAGCAUGCAAGCUCCGAGCCAAAACUCUCCACUCUGUGCCUAUCAACCGUCCGGUCCGGCUCAGAGCUCCAGUACAGCUACAAACAUCCCCCACCUGCUUCCUCUGCUCGGAUCAGGAGCAGGAAAUACUCCAAAUCUGACUGAAGUGGUUUAAAAGGCGGGGCGUGGGGGCGGGGUCUGCGACGCUUCAGGCAGCUGCUGUCGUUUAAACAACAAGGAGAACACGACGUUAGAGGAGUUCCCACUUUCUUUACUCUUAUCGCUGUUUUCUGUAUCUCCCGUUCUCCCCGGCUUUCCCGUGUUUGCAGUUCGUCUCGGCGGGUUUUCCUUCUCGUUUUUUGUUUAGUUUUUUGGGAAGUACUUCCUGUUAGAGUCCAUCCUCAGCUUCCUAUUUUUUUGCGAGGCCUUGUCUUUGCAAGAUGACGUGUAUCCCUCUGUAGCGGGGAAAACCGAGGCCACGGCGGGGUGAUCCUUUGAGCCGUCGAAGCGCAGAGACGAGUCGCUCGGAGCUUUUCUGACGGUUCGGUUUGCGCAAUAAAACCGCGAAAAGCAAACGAUCGUCGCGACGGUCUGUUCCGCUCCGGCGCCGUCUGAUUCCCGCAGCGACUCAGAGCGUUACCCUGCAGUGCUUUUGACUGUAUGUAUAACUUGUGUAUAACAAACUGUUAAAAAUAAACCUGUGUUUAAUUUCACCUAUUAUUAUUAUUAAUGCUAUUAAGACCUACCGACCGUAAUAAGCUUUGAGGAUAACUUUCUUAACGGCGCGAACACUUAACCAACCCGAAUGAAGGAGCCAUCGAGUCUCGAUGGGAGAAUAACUGCGAAUGUUCGUUAACUCGAUCUUUUAGGCGUUCAAUGGGGUUUCUUUUCUACUUUUGCAUUUCUGGAACGUCUCCUUCAGCCCUUUGUUGGUGUUUUUCCUCCUGUUUUUCUGUCCCACAGUUAAGCUAAGUCUUUAUUUAGUGCGGCGAGUAUGAAGGCAUAGAUGUACAAAUAAAACACAAAGGUUACUUUAAGCAUCGCUGUUGUUAGUGGAUGAGCUGGUUUUAAAAAGCAUUUACUGGAAGUGAGUAAUGUUGGUGGCUUGCUUGUUGGCUUCAGCACUCAGUUCUUUUUUUUUUCUUUAAGAUUUCAGCCUUUUAUUGCCAAUGAUGAGUCAAGCUACACCUACGGAAGUCCUUUCAUGACAAAAGUCACACUUUUUUUUCUUUCCUGUUGUUUCUGGUUUCUUGUUAAUGAGAUCAGAACUUCACAUUUCUUGAAGCUGAACAGGCUUCGCUCGCUGUAAGAAUGUAGUUGUAAACUAAGCUAAUGACGUACGUGAUGCUUGAGUCGUCUCAUUGUGAAAAACAGUUUGUUCAGAUUUAAUAAGAGUUUUAUUGGAGAUUUGAAACAGGGAAUUUUACACUAAUCGGACAUAAGUGCAGAAGAUCUCCACUCGAUUUGACUCGAUGACUCAUUAAAUAAACUAUCAAAUAAAUCUUUGAGAAAAUAAAUAGUAGGUUAAGUCUUGGGCUGCUACUGGUCCCUCCUUUGAUUACUGAUUAAUUUCUUGGACUAUAAAACUUCAAUAAACAGUAAAAAAAAAAAAAUAUGACGGCAAUCAUUUUCUUAUUUAAAGUAUUUGCUUUACUCUGAGGUGCCACUUUUGCUCGACAAACUUUUGAAAAUUAGUUUUUGAGAUGAAGUCUCUUCUGUCCAAUCGCUGCACCACAAACUUCGCUUCAAUGGAAAUCACGUACAUGGUAAAUGACCUGCAAGCCCAACUUUAACACCAACGUCUGAACUGGGAUGAUUUCCUAAUCUGGAGUUAUAGAUUAAAAUAGCUGCCAGAGAAGGUGAUUUUUCAUCUUACAUAUAUAUGUGUACAUUUAUUGUUACAAAUGUUGUCAUUAACGGACUUCCGUAGGAUGCCAGACAAAGUGAACAAAAACACAGAAACGAGCCCGAAACUAUAAAAAACGUGGGUGCGUGUGUUUUUCCACAGCUGGUGGUGGGGUUAGAAGGGGCGGGGUGAAAACGUCUUCACUCUGAUUGGCCCUGAAAUGCUUCCUGUUCUUUCUGUCAUUUUGUUUUUUUGUGCUUAAUUUUCUGGCGAUUUGAUAAAUAUGAUGUGCAUUCCUGUCACUGUAACCAUAGUAAGAUGAGAGAUUUCCUCAUACUGCACAAUCAAUAAUGCCACGAUGGGAGGGUGGGCGGGGCCGGGGUUCGUAGGUGACGUAGUUGGAAUGACGUGGACCGGGGGUCACUGCUAGUUGGAUCUGCACCCGUAGACUUUUCCCCAUCUCUGUUACAUAUGUGCAAAAAAGCCAUUAAAAUGCUUUUAAAAAGAAA